UAACAGGUGCCUUUAUACAAAAUUCAAAAUUGUCAGUAAUAAUUCUAAUAACCUAAUCAACUAUGGGCGUGAAUCAACCCCAUACGUGUCCAAUCGUAAGAUACAUAGAAAAUUAAAAUUAACUUUGAGCUUUGGAGUCGGUUGAUGCGCGUCGUACUAGGGGGGUGAUCCGCCCCCUUGACAGAUCGCUCUUGCAACUAUAAAAGCGUCUUCCCGCAUCCAGACGGGCUGUUGAAUCCUGGUGAAGCCAAGCAUCGCUCCAGAGCAGCACCAAAAGAGACCAGAGCGGGGCCUCGAUCGUCCUCGGCGUUUUUCGCUCGCACAAAAUAUACGUUUUCGAAAAAGUCCCGAAAAUGAGGUAUCAUUGCGGCCUCAACGUUGCGCUCGUCCUUCUUGGGUUUUGUCUUUUUUUGGAGGUGGUCGUCGGUGGCUACAGCGAUACUUUACUUCCAGCAAAAGAAUUAAGAGACAGAGAUCACAGAACCAUGAGGGUGAACCUAAGGGUAGGAAAACGUUUUGGGGAGUCUGGAUACGACGAGGAUGAAGCCCCUAGGAGACGAAUGCUUCCUAGACUUCGAACAGGCAAACGAUUUUACCACACUGAACACCUUACACCCACUACACUGCCACAGAACACUGAUACAGACUUUGAUAAAACGCCAUUGGAGUUAAUCAAAGUGAUAAAUAAACGAGAAAUUCACAACCCCAAAAGAAGACUGAGAUUAGUGGUACGACCGGGCAAGAGAUCGUUCGAGAACCAAGAUCCGUUGCAAUAUUACAAUGAUCGCAGGGAUGAAAAUAUGCAAGAUAUAAAGAGGUCAACAGAAUUCUUGUUGCGUCCCAGGGUAGGCAAGUUGGAUAAAAACUUUCAAAUGAGAUCAGUGGACAAGAGAAAUGACCCUAAAGCGACUGACUUGUGGUUUGGUCCACGAAUAGGAAGAUCUAGUGACGAAACAUUCGAAGGCAUACCAUGGAAUUACGUUAUUUUCAAUGCCAACAACAUACCAAAGACACCUAUGUUCAAAGGCAGCAAUGAUUUAGAGGAGCCAUUGAAUGACGAAACUGUAGAGUAAUAACUUAAAUAUCCCAAAAAACAAUUUUCCCAUUACUAGAUAUAUAUAACAUCGGUGGUCUCCCUCUAUAAUGCUAUUCCCUUUCCUAUUUCCUAAAAUCAAAUCGAUCGACUUUUUAACAGAAAAAUACAGAACAUGAAAGAAACCAAUGACCAAAAAGAAUCCUGACCUGUUGAAAAGUCCCUAAAGGCUGGAACAUAGCUCUUACAUAAAUUGCCAAGAACUAUGUUAGAUUUUCUAUGUUAAACGUUCUUUUGUUGAAACCUUAGUGUAAGAUAUUUCCAUUUGUAAAUGUUAUUAAAUUGUCUGGAAUCGAA